GUCCCCGUAUUGAUUCAGUUUCUCUUGGUCGCAGACGCGAAGUGGCUGUUCCUCUACUGUAUCAAACCCACGUGCCAUUCGAUAUAGCAGUUUCACGGUUCAACUGUUUUUAAUCGUUUUGAAACCGAGCCGAGUGUAAAAGAGUGAAAAGGAUCCCCGCCGACAGUGAAUAAUCAAAAUGGCAACAGCAACCUGCUUUGGAUGUAAGGAAGAUAUCAAAGACAAGAUGCUGGAGGCACUCGGUAAGAGCUGGCAUCCGGAGCAUUUUGCCUGCAAAGAAUGCAAGAAGCGCAUCGCGGAAAACAAGUUCCACGAAAGUGACGGGCUUCCUGUGUGCACCAAGUGCUUUGAGUCGAAGAUACAGGCAAUUUGUGCAGCAUGCCGAAAGAUGGUAACGGAGAAAGUAGUGAAGGCGAUGGGUAAAGCGUGGCAUCAAGAGCACUUCAUCUGCGGUGGCCCAUGCAAGCAGCAACUGUCCGGCAAGACGUUCUUCGAGCGAAACGGCAAACCCUACUGCACGGCCGACUACGAGCGUCUUUAUGCACCAAAGUGUGGCGGCUGCAAGAAACCGAUCGCCGAAAAGGCACUGUCAGCACUCGAAAGCAAGUGGCAUAAGGAGUGUUUCAAAUGCAAGCUGUGCAAGGAACCGAUCGGUGUGGAUGCCAAGUUCCGCGCCGAUAAGGAGAAACAGCCAAUCUGCGAAAAGUGUGGUAUUUAGAUUGUUUCCGAACAACCGCUCAUCCUGCUCAGUACUCAUUCAAUCAACCAUACCGUAUUCUACCGCCGAUACACCACAAUGCUUUCUUCGUCCUUCGUUCGACGUACAGUGUUAGCUCCAUCUGUGUGUUUAGUGCUUUGUUGGCGCUCACCAUAGUGUCGAUCAGCUACUUCCGUGGCGAACUCUCGUCGCAUCUGUGUGUUCCGUCGUCUGGAUAAGAAAUAAAUCAUUUGAUUUGCUCCACCUUCUUCCA